GCCUGCCUCAGCUCUUAUUAAUGAAUGGAGCAGUUCCCCGGCUGCAUCACUGCACAUCUCCGCUCCGUCUGCUCGGCUGCUCUCUGCUCUGACACAGGAAGACAGAGGGAAAACAUCGACAGCGACAAGCACGGCAGCAGCAGCAGCAGCAGCACAGGAGGAGCUGAACACUGGCCAUGAAGCGACAACAAAGAAACACUGACUCCCACGAUGAGGACACAACCGAGAACAUGGCAGCAGCUAUUAAAAACAAGGACCCACAUCCGGACCUCCAACCACCAAGACCACCAUCUCCAUCAUCAUCAUCAUCAUCAUCAUCAUCUUCUCCUCCUCUUCCACUGGCCAUGCCACCUUCCACAUCGGCCUCCGCUCUCCUGGCUCUGGCCUCUCCGGCCACCAGGCGCUCCAUUUCUAUGGGAGACUUCCGGAGGGUGACAGGGGCUCUCCUAGCCAGUUCCGACCCCCGGUCCACCUCAGCCACGGCCCCCUCUUCCAAGCUUGUCACCCCCAGCUCCAGCAUGGAGUUUGAGGCAGCUCGACGUCGCCUCCUGGAGGUUGAGGAGCGCCAACGGGUCAUCAGGGAGAUGGAGCGACGACUGGAGGAGCUCAGGGAGGUGUUUGUGCGCUCGGAGCAGGAGGUGGUAGUUCACGGGGAGCUGGUGUCGAGGAUAUCUAGCGGGGCCCAGCAGGGGGAGCUGUAUGUGGCGGAGAACAGUCAGCGGCUGAAGAAAGGCCUGAGGUUCAAGAAGCAUCGACCCACCAUCGUCUUCUCCUCGAUGCUUGGACUCCGCACAUGCCUCCCCUGGCCUGUGAAGCUCAAAUAGGACUUUCCACCAUCUCCAACUUUGCUUAUAAAUGUGCUUUACAUAAAUGGGGACAGACUUCCUUUCUUUAGAGAUUACACAUUGACAAGGCUGCUCUACAGUUUCCACCUUUCUGCUAUUAUAUCCUGAGGCUGGUCCUCCAGGUGUUUAGAGUGCCUAUCACAAAUGCUAGUAAGGAGCUCUCUGUUAGGGGCGUUUCUGACAAACUUCAACCAGUGCAAUGUGAACAGCAUUUGUCAUUUUGCUUUUAUUGUUUACCAUCGAUACUUUGCUGCUUGCAUUGACUUGAAUAGGAGGGAUUGUACAUAGAUAUAUGGUGCAUGGAUGAGUCAUGUUCAGGUGCUGUGGGAGAAGAGGUUCAGACCAGCCUGUGAGGUAACAGGAGCUUUGCUGUGCAUCUCUUAAUGUAUGCAGCAACGGACAAAAAGCCAAUGAAGAUGUCAACCUGUUCAAUUGUGAGAGGGAGAGAAAAGGGAUGAGAACGAGGGAGGCAUUGAACAAGAGAAGGGCAGUGAAUGUGAAGAGAUGAAACUAUGGUAGGGAUUGCUGCAUUGUUAUAAAACCAAGGAUGCAGGAAGGAGUUAGGAAAAUUCACAAGUUGUGUCUGUAGAGGGCUGAGACAUUUCCAUUAAUCGUGCCUUGGCUUCUCUGUGAUUUCUUGUCCUUCACACAGUCUACACUGUUUUUUUUUGGCGGCAUCCAACAAUUGGGAGAGCGAGAGGGAAGAGCAGGAGUUCACACUGGGACAAUUCCACCUGUGGCCUCUUUUUUACCCAGUCACCAAGCAACCGCUCGUCUCUCGACCCUAAAUCCGCUUCCACAAAAACUACAAAACGUAUCCGGAAGAGCACCGUAACCAUAACACUGGUCCACCGCUGCAGGAUUUAGGAUCUAUACAUUUCUGCUUCAUUUAUUCAAAUGAAUCUGAAUAUUAUGGCUAUUUCUGAUUCAAGCUUGUUGGACCUGCUCUUUUACUUUGGGUUACACUUAAAUUAAGCCAUGCAGACAUUAGCAAGGAGAGUUAACCAUCACUGAAAGUGUCUCUGUAUUGAAUGUGAAAAUGGCAAGUGAUUGGCACCUCCGAACGUCACCAGCUUGUAGUUUGCAAGGUGACAGCUUCACCACAGUUUUUUGAGGCACAGUUUUGGAAGCUAGACGAUGUGUUUUCAUUUGUUAGGUUGCUUUAAUAGAUCAGUUGAUAACUGUGUUGCACCUGUUCAUGCACAGGCGUAUCUUUGUCCCGAAUGCAGUGGAUGACCUAAUUUCUACUUAUAGAUCACUCUCAUUUUUUGGCCUAAUUCUUCUUUUCCUUCGUACCGUUUCUCUUGUGUUUGGAUUAGGGGAUGACUACAAAUCUAUUCCACCAAUCCCUUUGCCUCAGCUUUGUGUGUGUGUGUGCGUGUGUAGAAAGCACAGCCUGUACACCAGAGAUAUCUAUUUUUGGCGUUCAAAGGUUAUUGCAGAGAGGCAGGCAUUCAAUCUUGGUGCAGCAAUGUGAAUGCAUCUUAGCAUCCAUCUUUAUGUGUGUGCUACUUUGCAAAAGAAUGAAGGGGAUUUCUGCAGAAUCCCAGAUUGUGCUUCUUCUUCUUCUUCUUCUUCUUGUUCUGUGUGUUGUUGGCUCUCCUUUAUAAAUGACCCCUGAAAGAACAAAGGAGGAGGGCUGUUUACGAGAAACGCGUAUGCUCAGCCUGUAUAAUUGCUCACAGUAGGUUUCUGAGCAAUUACAUAUUCCAGUUUUAAUUGCUCCCUGAAUGCAAAGACGGGCAUGAUGGGGAUACGUUACUGCAUCAUGUGAGAUGCAUUAGAGAAUGAUGUAGACUGACAAUGGAGAAAGAAGACUAUGAUGUGUUGCUCGCCACGCCGUUUAUAUCGAGGCAAAGUGAGAAUAAAAAAAUCAAACAUCAAAACAACAAAUUUAGUUUAGUAAUGCACAGUUAGUUGAUGCAAAUCAAUCAGAACGAUGCCACAGGUUAGCGUUGGUUAUUUUCUAAUUUGACUUUAAGGACUUAAAUGACUUAUAUGUUUUUUUUUUGGAGCAUAGUUAAAGGGGCAUUAAAACAAUUUUAUACAAAAAUCUCAGUGAUAAUAACUACAAAUAAUAAAAGGUUAUAUAAGCUCAAUGCUUGAUAUUUUAAACAGAACCUCUGCCAACGUGGCCAUUGGAGACACAGGGGUGGAAUUCAGUUGCAUCAUGGGAAAUGUAAGUUCCUGUAUAUCUGAAACUUGACUUAAAUAACGGACUUAAAUAUUCAGGGUAUCUGUUGUUUGGUAUCUUCUCCCUGAAUUCCCCCCCUUUAAGUGGUCCAGUGUUUCUGAUGUUCAGAUUUCUGAUCGCCAUGGUGACUUUUAUCAUUGAAUGUUGACUCACUUUAAACAUUCCACUCACACACGGCCAAGGGAACUACUGCUUUCUGUCUUUGUGCACAUCUAUACCAAACAAUAUUCAGCUGAGGUCAAGCAAGUGCAGAAUAAAAAGGUCUUUUAGGACUUAAACACGUCUUCAUGGUCCUAAUGUAUGUGUACAGCUAGAGCUACAACUGAAUAUACAGCUGGCCUAUAUAUUGCUUUUUAAUAUGCCUUAUGUAAUGUUCGUCUAUCUGCAGCUACACUUAUGCUGGUGUUACAACCAGUGAUGAGGGUGAUGGCAAACAGAUGUACUCACUCAUUAUCUGGUCAGAAGAAAAUAAUGAAAAGAAAAAAAACAAAAAAAGUCAUGCACUGUUGUGGCACUGCACCUUUCGUGUUUUUCUAUGAAUGAACACUACAUUUCCCAAAGAUCUCUGGGCCCACUUGCAGAAAGAAUGUAUAUGUUACUCAAGUGUUUUCACUUUUUUUUCCUGAAGACUAAAUGUCUAACUGUCUGAACCUGUGGUUGAUAAAUGGAGUUGAAUAAUAUAUUCAAUAAUGAGCAAGUAAACACUGAUCAACCACACGUCCAAAAAUCACCUUUCUAAUAUUUUUUGAAUCUUUUCUGAAUGUAUAUUUUGUGUUUGUUUCUGUGAUGUGUUUUGAAUUUACGCUCUGGUGAAAUAAGCACAGAACUUAUUAUUUUUCCUUAAAUCAGGUGUUUCUUACCUUUUAUUCAAACUAUAAAUAAAAAAGGAUAUUCUACUUCAGUAUGAAUGUUAAGUUAAAAUUUCAUAGGCUUAAUUGUAAAAACAGGUUUGGAGUCAAUUUACUUUCAAUUCCAAAUGUUAAAUGAAACAGUUAUUUAAUGAAGAAUCAUUAAAUGACAAUUAAUGGUUAAUAUUAUCUUCAAAUUCGAUUUAAAAUCAGUUGGAUGAAAGUUAUUUGUCCCCAAACCUUCAUGUAUCAGCACUGUGUUUGAAAAAGAUGUUUUUUUCGAUGAAUGAAUGUAAGUUUGCUGUUUUACGCUUAAAUUUGCAACCACUUGUUUAAUUGUCUUGACAUCAUCAUUUACAUGAGCACAGAGCUACAAUGUACAAGACUAGUAAAUGUUAAAAGACAGAUCUCAUUUGAGUUAUCAUCAGGUUUUGUAAGAUUAAUUAUUAGAAUAAAAUGAAUAAAUGA